CCAUGCCAUCCCGGCACCGGCCACUCAAAAUCCCCAGACUUUCCAAAGCCAAAAUCCCAACCUCCGUCCUCCGAUCCCCCUCUUCUUCCUCCUUCUCGCGGCCGAGGGGGUCGUCCAUCGAUGGCGACAAUGGGGGCGGGCGAAGCAGUGAAGAUGAUCUGCGGGACGAAGGUGGAGCGGGUGGUGGGCACGGGCAAGGCGCCCGGUGCUUGCCCGUCCUGCGGCGGCCCCGUGGUGGCCACCGACGUGGAGAGCGAGCGGCGCAUCCUCUGCCUCCCGCUGUGCCUCAAGAACAAGCGCAAGUACUCCUGCACCAGGUGCUUCCGCCGCCUCGUCACCGUCUACAGCUAGCCGGCCCCAAGCCGCUGGUGGUGGUGCCACCGAUCCAUCCAUCCUUCCAUCAACUAGCGAUGUACUACCAAGCAAAUCCAUUAAUCCGCUCGACUUCUUUGAUUCCUGUUGGCCGUGCUUACGGCUCUAGAGUAGCUUGCUAGCCUGGAUAAUGUAAUGUCAUGUUGAUCCUGUCUUAGUUCUUCUACAGUGUUUCUAGGGAGUACUCCUAGUAGCUAAAUCUAGCUAA